GAUGUUGCGCUUUUCGGGAGCUCGCGAGCGCCGCGUUUCCGCGCUGUCGUUGUUUCCGUUUCCACCCACGAGAAGCCUCGCGCCUCCACACAGCAGCCUAUCUUUUCUUUUCUCUCCUUUUCUCUUUUCAGUGCGCACUUGGUGCUCUGCAGUUUGAGGAGGGGCGAGAGUCGUGAUCGUCUUCAACAAUGGGGGACAUCGAGGCUCCCGACUCUCGGCCGCGCCAGACUGUCCUGCUCUCCGUUCUCCCGAGCAGAGAGUUCGCCUCCUCCAGGAAAGGAAUGCUCCUUAUUGCUGAAGUGGCUCUUUCCUUCAUUUCGUUUGUGUGUUUUGCGGCGUCCACGGCCGCGGCCUUCGUGACAGUCCCGCUGCUGGAGUUCCUGGCUGCGCUCUUCUUGUUGUUUGCUUACUCCACCAAAUUCAACGAGAGGUUUAAAGGCUUCCUCUGGCCUCUCAUGGAUUUCAUGAGAUGUGUGACCGCCUCCGUUAUCUUUUUCAUCGUCUCCAUCAUUGCAGUGUCCAGAUAUGUGGACGGGUCCUCUAAGGCUGCCGGGGUGUUUGGUUUCAUUGCCACCAUCGUGUUCGCUCUAGACUUUUACCUCAUUUUCAAUGAGCUGGCUAACUUCCUGAAGCAGGGAGGGGAGUCCAAUGAGGAGCCAUCAAGACAGCAAGAUGAGUUUUCAGACUCUGAUUCAGACUGAGACCAGGAAGGACCUCCACCAGCGGAUAGACGAUGUCAUCGUACAGAAAAUAAACCUUAGCAGAAGAAAAUGGCUGCUGCUGAGCUUCCAUCUGUCCCAUCUUACCACGAGGUUCAUUAAUGAUGUGUACGGUAAAAAAAAUCACGUCCAGGUCGCACUGAUUGCGUCUUAAGUACUUGCAGUUAUCAGUUGCCGGGAAAUUCUCCAUUCAGGGCCGAACAUGUUUCAAAAGGAGGAACUGGAUCCUCUGUAGUUGUCGUCUUUGAGCAGGUUUCUUCUGCUGAGCAUUAAAGGGUGGAAACACAUUUCACACAUGAAUCAUGUCAGAGCAUUCAGGAAAAAAAAGUCUAAACUCAUGUGUCAAAUAUGUUGGUCUUUUUUAGUUUGCAAUCUACUGGUCAACACAAGUACCAAAAAAAACGCAAUUUUCUUUAAGGCCCCAACUCAUAUUCAGUGUCUCAGACGAUUCUGGUUUAAAUGUAAAUGCCAUUAUCGACUGGACACUUCAAAUAUCAUAAAGCUGUGAAUUUGUUUGGUGUCAAUACAUUGACUUUUUUAGAAGCUCUUUGUAUCUACACGUGGGACCAUUUCUCUAAAUCUGAUAUCAGGACUAAUAUUGACUUUACGUGUGCAUGUACUGGGACCUUAAUUACAGGCAUGUUAAACACUAAAUCAAUGUCCUUAGUGAUCAAGUGUUUAGGAAUACCAGAGCUGCCCAAGAGGCCUACGCUCACUUGGCAGUUUAUUAGGUACACCUCGGUCAAACUAGGACAGGUAUUUAUCUUAUUGUGUUACUGCAUUUAUAUAAAAGUGGAUAGGCUAAACUCUGUAUAACGCAGUGCAGUUCUACAACAGCACAAAUGACACCCUCCAAAAUGACCUCGGCGUCGAGUCGACAAAACAGAAACAAAAACUGAAGAUGAAAGCCUGAAUGAAGUCGCAGGACGGUUGUGUAAGACUGCAUUAGUUUCAGCUGGGUGUACCUAAUAAAUUGUACUUAAGUAGGGCGUACUCAUCAUUUAUACCUUUGGUUGGCUGGUUACAACCUCUGUCCAGUUGUCUUCACCCUACAGGAGUCUGUUUUUGUUUUUUUUAAUAAUUUGAGUAUACUGUUUGUUUAUAUUCAGAUACAGACAGAUACAGACAGAUACAGAGUUCCUGUGCCGUGUUGUGCUGCAUGAAAAACUAUUCUUGGCUGUCGUUGUGUUUAUUUGUCCCAAAAGUGUUUAUGAUGGAGAGUUUACUGAAUUUAAGCAACAGCAAUGAUGAUGCGUUUUUCAAAUCAAUUCAGUUAACACAAAGUUUCAUAGCCUCCUCUCUGCUCUCAUGUUUUAGCUUGUCUGCUGUACAUGUGCGUGUGUGUGUGUGUGUGUGUGUGUAUGCAUGCACGUGUGAAUAACAAUGCAUUGAUGCCACUUCAUGCGGUAUUAUUUUGUUGAAUAACAAAAUAUCCAAUAUGUGAA